AUGCGGUGGCUCCUGCUCCUGGCUGUGGUGGCAGCCGUUGGAGCGGUAAAUAGGGCAAAAUUUAGAAGAUGUAUCGAUACAGCCUUCUGCAGGCGGCAUCGCGACGACAAAUCUGUAACCGAUUACAAGGUCGUCUCAAAUAGCUUAAAAUUCAAUGACACUGGGCUGCACGCAAUUUUGAAAAACAAGGAAAACUCCCUAGUCUUGGAUAUUGUUGCGUUAAAAGAUUCGACAGUAAGACUGGUAAUUGAUGAAUUCGAGGGGAAAGACGGCCGUGUCCGCAACCGCUGGCAGCCUUUGGAUGCACUCAACAACCCAGAACCUGAUCAACAAAAGAUUAAAAAAUCUGAAUCCAAAGCUGAUGAGUCAUUCUUCGAGACCGAAGAUGGCCAUAAGGUUGUCGUCCAGCACAAGCCAUUCCGAGUCGAUCUGUAUUCCAAAGGAACUCUGGUCGCUACAGUGAAUUCAAAAAAUCUUUUACGCUUCGAGCAUUUCCGAAAGGGUCAGAAGGUCAAAGACGGAGAUGGAUUUUGGGAGGAAAAGUGGGGAGAUUUCAAGGACAAGAAGCCUCAUGGCUCUUCUUCCGUCGGCGUUGAUAUAGCGCUACUCGGAUUCAAAUACGCUUAUGGUCUUCCGGAGCAUUCUGAGACUUAUGCGCUCAGGAGUACAAACAACUAUGAACCAUACCGUCUUUACAACUUGGAUGUAUUUGAGUAUGAAAUUAACAAUCCAAUGGCUUUGUAUGGAUCAGUUCCCUUCUUGGCGGCGACCAACACGAAACGAGCUCUAAGUAUGCUAUGGCUCAAUCCAUCGGAAACUUGGGUGGACUUCGACACAAGCCGUGCUGAUUUGGGCGCUGUGGCCAAGCUUGUCGAAACCGAAGACGAAAAAGCCCACAAAAUCCCACAGAUCAAUACCCGUUUCAUCUCGGAGUCUGGUCUUAUUGACGUUUUCUUCUUCCUCGGCCCAAAACCAAACGAUAUCUUCCGGCAGCACGCUAAAAUCACUGGCGUGACCCCUAUUCCACCGGAAUUUUCGUUGGGAUACCAUCAGUGCAGGUGGAACUACAAGGAUGAGAAGGACGUUCGGGAAGUCGUUGCAAAGUUCGACGAGCACGAAAUUCCGCUUGACGUGUUGUGGCUGGACAUUGAACACACGGAUGGGAAACGAUACUUUACAUGGGAUAAGGAGAAGUUCCCUGAUCCGGCUGCCAUGGUUGAGGAGAUCUCUAAGAAGGGCCGCAAGCUGGUAACCAUCGUCGACCCACAUAUCAAAAAGGACAAAAAUUACACCAUUUACAAGGAGGCACGAAAGAAAGGUUUCCUCGUCAAGGAGUUAGGCGGAAAGAAGACGUUUGUCGGAAAUUGUUGGCCACAGGAUUCGGUUUAUGUGGAUUUCACCAAUCCCGAGGCCAGGAAGUGGUGGGCUGAGAAGUUUGCGUAUGACAAGUAUCCUGGAACUUCAGACAACGUUCAUAUUUGGAACGACAUGAACGAACCUUCUGUAUUUGAUGGACCAGAGGUCACCAUGCCGAAAGACCUUGUCCACCAUAAUGACCGUGAACACCGCGAGGUCCACAACAUGUAUGGCUUCUAUCAGCAUUCGGCCACAUUUGACGGUAUCAAGAGUCGUUCCGGGGGAAAGCUACGGCCAUUCGUGUUGACGCGUUCGUUCUUUGCCGGAUCGCAACGGACUGCUGCUGUCUGGACUGGGGAUAAUGCAGCUACCUGGGAACAUCUAAAGGCAUCGGUCCCAAUGCUCCUCACUCUCUCCACUUCCGGUAUUCCAUUCGUUGGUGCUGAUGUCGGAGGCUUCUUCCAUGACACAGACCCUGAGCUCUUUGUUCGAUGGGCCCAAGCCGGCGCUUUCCAACCUUUCUUCCGCGCUCAUGCUCAUACUGACACCAAGCGUCGAGAGCCAUACCUUCUGGAUGAGGAACACCGUGCCGCUUACAAAAAGGCUAUUGAAACAAGGUACAAGUUCCUGCCCUACAUCUACAGCUUGUUUUACGAGCAUUCAAAGACCGGUAAGCCAGUGAUGAGACCUCAUUGGAUGGAGCUGAUGGAGGACGAAGUUGGAUACGAUGAGGAUCGUCAGUGGUUGCUUGGAAAUGCUAUCCUGGUCUGGUACGAAUUCGAGAGCGGAAAGGCCCGGCCUUCACCUGGUGCCAUGCAAAUUGAAGCACCACUGGACAAGAUUGCCGUCUUCCAAAGGGGAGGUACCAUCGUGCCGAUCCGCGAGUUAGAUGGGCAUCGUGCAUCGUUGGCUGAGACCCGAAACGACCCUGUCUCUCUGUAUAUCGGCUUGAAUACACGAGGAGACCAGGCUAACGGUACCGUCUACCUUGAUGAUGGUGAAAGCUUUGCGUACGAAAAUGGCGACUUUGCCCUAUGGAGCAUCGUUUUCAAGAAAGAACACGACUACCUCUUCACGAUCUCGAGCAAAAUUCUUGACAAGAAGGGCACCUACACUUCUGAGGUUUUGAUCGACAAAAUCUACAUUCGAGGUGUCAAGUUCUACCCACAGACGGCCCAUAUCUAUUUGGACGACUUCAUCCCCGAAGAUCUGGACUUUGAGCAUGACCGUGACCUCCAACAAGUUGUCAUCUCCAACGUGGGCGCCUACCUGACCAAGGAAUGGAAAAUCGACCUCCAUGGA